AUGCCACGAAACACCUUUCAUGAAAGCGUCAGUGAAUACUCACGGCUUGAAACAGCCCCCGAGUUUGAAUACGAAGACUUAAACGACAAAGACACAAAUCAUCCAGGAAGUGUAUCAGGGGACGAUAGCUUGCGGCCUGAGAGCCAUGGUGAUGAUUUUGACGUUUUGCAUGAAGAUGGUCAAGGAAGAGAUGAAUGCAUAUCUUCAUCAGAUGAAAGCUCGUUUAAUGAGUCUGAGGACCAGUCUUCUGAUGACGAUGUUGAUGAUUAG